CGGCUUCGGAUCUCGGAUCGAAAUUCCCGUUUCGCCAUGGCGAGCUGAGCAAGCAAGACCGCGCGCUCAGCGCCGAGUCUGGUGCCAUGCCCAGCAUCAUCUACGGGAAGCAGCUGGCCGAUGCCUUGGGCAAGGAUGGCAAGCAGGAGAAGGACUAUGCGAAGGCAUGGAAGGUGGCCAUUAAGGCCAUCAUGGCCAUGCUGCGCUUCAAGCGCAGCAUCGCCCGGUGGUCCCGGAAGAGCGACCCGCGUUCCAGAGAUGCCGGGUAUGACCACACUCUUCGAGGCUUCCACGAGCUGCCGCCCACGCCCUUGCGGCGCUUGGCCAGGGAGAUGCCGCCGAAGACGGUGGAGCUGGUGAUCCACGGCUUGAAGGGCGAGCUGCUCAUGGGGCCUGACGUUGUGGCUUUGAACGUCUACGUCUCCCAGAUCAAGCAGCGCUUGCUGGUGCACGCCCGCAAUGCGGUGAUCAAAGGCCACCUCAGCCGCGCGCUGCAGCUCUACAGUUUCAUCGCCCUGGGCGCCGUGGUGCACCUCUUGCACAAGCGCCGGGCCGUAGGGAAUCUGGAGACGCUGAAGAUGCUGAUUCAGGAGGACGGGCACGCAGGCACGGGCGCGUACUCGCCGGAUACCAUGGCGAACCUGGCCGGCGUUGCGGCCAAAUUGCCGGAGGAGAAUGGCCUGCAGAGCCCACGCCAUGGCCCCAGUACCCUGAAAACACCUCUGGCCGGCGAGCGAGGCAAUGACCCUCCGGCGCCGAGGAUCGAGCUGGUGGCGGUGGUCUUUGUGCACAUCUACGGCCUAGUCGCCUGGGGCGAUGCGUCUGCAGGUGGUGCCAUUCCUCUCUCCAUCUCUGAGCGGCUCUCUCAUGGCAUUACCUUCGCAGUGGGCAACACUCGGGCCUUCGCCGCCGUGGGCCAAUCAGGUCAGGUCACAACCUGGGGAGACCCGGCCUGCGGCGGCAGCUCCGUUUCCGUGGCGGAGCACCUGAAGAGCCGGGCCUUCCAGAUCUGCCACAACGAGUGGGCCUUUGCCGCAUUUCGAGAAGGCGGUCAGCUGGUGUGCUGGGGCGACCCGGAUGCCGGGGGCCACCCCGGGGAGGUGGCAGCGUCCUUGACCUCCGGGGUGAUGAAAGUCUGCUCCACGGAGUUCGCUUUUGCAGCGCUCAAAGAGAGCGGCCAGGUGGUCACCUGGGGAGAUGCCUCCGUGGGUGGCGACUCAUCCGCCGUGCAAGCGCAGCUUCAAGGCGUCAGGAGCAUUUGGUCCAAUGCUGGAGCAUUCGUGGCAGUCAAGGAGGACGGGUCCACGGUGGUUUGGGGGGACCCGGGCGCCGGGGGCGUCUUGCCGGAGGCAGAACUUCAUGGUAUCGACUCGGUCUACUCCAACAUCCGCGCUUUUGCGGCGAUCACAUCAGGUGGCCGUGCGGUCGCCUGGGGCGCCCCUGGCUGCGGGGGCGAUGCCAGCGCUGUGCAGCAUCAACUCGAGGACGUGGUGGACAUCCGCGGCAACGGCCGAGCCUUUGCCGCCAUGAAGGCGGACGGCGGCGUCGUCUGCUGGGGCAACCCCGACUUCGGCGGGGACGCUUCUGCCACGCAGCACAUGCUGAAGCACAGCAUUGUGGAGGUGGUGCCCAGUCUCAAGGCCUUCGCCGCGCUCAGGGAGGAUCCCAUCAGCCUGGGCUACACCGUGAUGACGUGGGGUGAUGCUGCCACUGGAGGGGACUCCAGCAAAGUGGGCCGCCUCCUUAUCGGCAACGUGCUGCAGGUGGUGGCCAACGACUGGGCCUUCGCGGCGCGCCGGGACGACGGCCUGGUGGUCUGCUGGGGGGACGCGGACUCGGGGGGCGACGCCUCCCAGGUGGCGGAGAAGAUCCGCGCCGGAGGGGGCGCCUCAAUGCUGUACAAGACCACGCGCGCCUUUGCGGCGGUUUUAGCCGACGGCUCCAUCUGCUCCUGGGGUGAGAUCUCCUGCGGCGGGGACUGCACACCGGCGGAAGUGGAGCUCGCGGGGGCGAAGGUUCUGGACAUGUGCGCCAACGACUACGCCUUCUGCGCGCGGAGCUCCACUGGACGCGUGGUCUCCUGGGGCCACAAGAUGUAUGGCGGCAGCAUCGAUGAGGAGACGGCGAGCAAGCUGUCCAGCGGCGUGACCAAGAUGAUUGGCAACAAGUUCUCGUUCUUGGCCAUGAAGCGCUCGGGGACCUAUGUCACCUGAGCUCCGAAAGGGUGUUCGAAGAGCUCGAGCUCCGCAUCCUGCGCUGGCACGUUUGGGAUUGCAAGGCUCCUUUUGAGGGGCCCAGUGGUGUGUCUCCCUGCCUUAUGG